AUGUCGAACCAAGUCGCAGCGAUCAUCUCACAGGAGUUCCUCGAGAACUGCUUCACCGUCUCAGCUCAAGCACUAUGCUGCUAUGAUUUCUUCAUAACCUUCACGCGCGAGGUGCAGUUCAUGUGGAAGCUCAAGCCCUCGAUGGGUGCCAUCCUCUUCUUCUCGCUGCGCUAUCCCGCGCUGUGCAAUACGAUCUUGGUCGUUCUGGGCUAUCUGUCUUGGGGUAGCUGGCAGACUCAAAUGACUUGCACUGUUAUGAUGCGCCUCGAGAUGGCAGGUGAUGUCUUGAUCUUGACGAGCUCAACUGUUUUUACUGCUGUACGCAUAUAUGCGCUCUCUGGUCGGAGCAGGUGGCGGCUAGGGUUCACACUCGCCCUUGGUCUCGUCAACCCGGUCAUGUCCACGUAUACGUUCAUUCUGUCUGCGCCAUACCUCGCUCGCCUCACGCCGCGAUAUCAGACGUGCGACAUCGACACGCAGUUCCUCGGAGACAUGCUCCGCGCCCUCGGCUUCAACAGAGGGAUGAUGUGCGCACGGGCGUCCGCCGUGAUCUUCGACGCCGUCGCACUGGUCCUCACUUGGCUGAGCAUCAAGCGGGUGACGCAUGCGGCCGGGGACGCAGCUGGUCCCGAAUCUAGACACCACGACCGCUCCGCGGCGGGCCUCGGCACCAUGACCGUCAUUCUCAUGCAAGACACUGCAGUGUACUUCGGGUUUCUCCUCGCGAUCAACGCGUUGGGGAUUGCGAUCGGGUUGAGCCACCCUAAGGCGAGUCGGAUGACCUCGAUCCUACUAUGCCGGCUCAUGCUCGACCUCCGACAAACGAACUCGAAGGACUUCCGCGACGGGACGUACAUCUCACAUACGCUGACCGCCAUGGUGUUCGAGGGACCUAUCAGACAGGAAGGGAUCGAGGACCAGGAGGACUCGUUCGGUUCAGAGGAUAUCGAUGGUGCGGAUGACGAGGUGGAGACGCCGUGA